AUGUGGAAUCUGCACGUUGAUGGGUCAUCAAAUCAAACAGGCAGUGGAGCGGGGGUCAUUCUUGAAGGACCGAAUGCGUUCGCCAUUGAACAGUCUAUCCAGUUCGGAUUUAAGGCAUCCAACAAUCAAGCCGAAUAUGAAGCUUUACUCGCCGGUCUCAGGCUAGCAAGGGAAAUGGGGGUUAAACGCAUUACUGCUUGGAGCGAUUCAAAAAUCGUAACCGAACAAGUUAACGAUACCUAUCAGAUCAGGGACUCGGUCAUGCUUAAAUAUUACCAGGAGGUUAAGAAAAUAAAAGCCGAGUUUGAGGAGGACGCAGCAGCAGCUAAGAAAAUUAAAGCACAUGCAGCCAAAUACCUUCUUCUCGGCAAAGAAUUGUAUCGAAGAGGAAUUUCCAUCCCCAUGCUUAAAUGCCUAGAAGACGAUCAAGCUAAAUACGUGAUGAGAGAAAUCCAUGAAGGUAUUUGUGGAACCCAUUCGGGCGGACGAACUAUGGCAGCCAAAGUGCUCAGAGCUGGAUACUACUGGCCAACAAUAACUCAAGACUGUCAGUUGUUUGUAAAAAGAUGCAUUCCCUGUCAACAACACGGCCCUCACCUGCGCCAACACGCCGAUACCCUUCGGCACAUUAGCUCUCCUUGGCCCUUUGCUAUUUGGGGAAUGGACCUUCUCGGUCCUUUUCCCUUAGCAAAAGGGCAAUAUAAUGGGCUUCAGUUUGCAAAUCAUCGAUUCAACGAGUUCUUGGCAGGCCUGCAUAUCAAACACCGAGUUACAUCUGUUGAACAUCCACAGACGAAUGGCCAAGCCGAGGCUGCAAACAAAGUAAUCUUACAUGAAUUAAAAAGGAGGUUGGGUUCGGCAAAGGGAGAGUGGGCAGAGAAGCUGCCUGAGAUAUUAUGGGCCUAUUGGUGCACGCCGCAAACCACAACAAAAGAAACCCCCUUUCGGCUUACCUAUGGUACUGAUGUCAUGGUGCCGGUAGAAAUUGGAGAGCCCUCAUUCAGGAGAGAGAAUUUCAAAGAAUCGGCCAUUGAAGAGGCUCUGGCCGUCAACCUGGACUUAAUAGAUGAAAUACGUGACCACGCUGCCAUUGUGACCGAGGCUAGUAAAAGAAUGAUGGCUAGAAAAUUCAACUCCAAAAUCAGUCCACGAAAAUUCUACAAAAACGAUCUGGUAUGGCGAGUAACCGGGGACGCGCGCAAGGAUCGACAAGAAGGGAAGUUGGCAGCUAACUGGGAAGGCCCCUUUCGGGUCACGGCAAGAUUAAAUAACGGAGCAUACAAGUUGGAAACCUUGGCAGGAAAAUUAAUACCGAGAACCUGGAAUGUCACUCAUUUAAAGUAUUAUUAUAGCUAA